AUGGCAGAAGUUCUUAUUUCACAUGGUGCAAAUAUCAAUGAAAAAAUAAAUAUGGAGAAACCGCACUUCAUAUUGCAGCUAAAAAUUAUAGUAAAGAAACUGUUAAAUUUCUUAUUUCACAUGGUGCGAAUAUCAAUGAAAAAGAUGAAGAUGGAGAAACCGCACUUCAUAUUGCAGCUAAAAAUUAUAGUAAAGAAACUGUUAAAUUUCUUAUUUCACAUGGUGCGAAUAUCAAUGAAAAAGAUGAAGAUGGAGAAACCGCACUUCAUAUUGCAGCUAAAAAUUAUAGUAAAGAAACUGUUAAAUUUCUUAUUUCACAUGGUGCGAAUAUCAAUGAAAAAGAUGAAGAUGGAGAAACCGCACUUCAUAUUGCAGCUAAAAAUUAUAGUAAAGAAACUGUUAAAUUUCUUAUUUCACAUGGUGCGAAUAUCAAUGAAAAAAAAAUAA